AGGUGGGGCUGGGAAAACAGUUGGGUGAAGGGCAGGGCUUGGAGGAGGCCAGCUCUUUAUGUAGUCACCUAACUGACACCUGUGCUGGGCCCAGGGAGGCUGGGGACAGCCGCUAAGGGAGAACCACCGGCUACUAGAAAGCCGAGUGCAGACGCUGCUGCAGGGGGGACCGGGGACCGGACACUGCCCGCUGUGGUGGUGCCCCUGGGGAGCCUUGAGGCAGGUACUAAAUGAGGGGAGGUGGGCAGCGAUGGCCCGGAGAGGCCCAGGCAGUGACCUGACGUGGGUGGUGGGGAGUGCUGGCGCAGGUCAGGGUCGGAAGAGCUCUUUGCAGGGAGAGUGUCCUUGGACUCAGAGCUGGCUGGUGUCAGGAUGAAGCACUUAGCAAACCCUGCCAGAGGGUGACCUUGGGUAGGUCUGGGCAGAACCCUCUCCUUCCCUAUCUUUUACUGGCUGAUGGGGGAAGUGUGGGCUCAGGGCUUGGGGCAGCCCCAGGCUGUAACCACCGCAGGCUGCUGGAGGCCAGGGUCAGGCAGCCCGGGAACCCUCCCUCGAGUUCCUGGUGCCCAGGGCUAGGGGCAAACAACGAGGAAGAGGAGGACAACGGGGCGGGGGGACCUACGGCACAGCAGGCUGGCGCAGGCAGCUUGGGGCAGGGUCCAGGGGUCUGCCGUGCAGAGCACGACCCCUCCAGAGUCUCAGCUCCAGCCCUACCUCGGGGUUUUCCUGACUUUUUAAAGCACCAGCCUGCCCACCCCCGGGUGACCCCCCUGCCUGACCCACCACUGUCCAGAGUCACGUGUUUCUCUUGGUGUUGGGGGCUCAAGGGCUGCUGGGACUGGGGGGCCUUGGCCCCUUUGGGAACUUGGGGCUUUAUGAAACGUGUUUUUAAAGUCCCUGCCAUCAAGCCUGGCCAGCGCUGCCCUGGGGCUCCCCAGCUCCAUGCUGGUGAUGGGGGUGGGUCCGAGGGUUGGCAGGAUGGGCUGGGGCUCUUGUGGUCACCUGCUGCAGGCGGGGAGGUGUGACCCGUGACCCGGAACAGCAGGCAGGCCCUUGGGCUCUUCGUGGCAGCUGGGUGGAGGGGACCUUGCCCUGGGCAAGGCUAAAGGCAGCCGCCUGCACCUUGCCCCAAACCCUAGGUGAGGAGCCCCAGGUGGCAGGCGGCAUGAAUCCUGUGGUUGCCACCAGCCCACGGUCCUCUGGCCUCUGCUUGUGAGGGUAACAAGUAAUCAAGUGGCACACAGUGGGGCACCAGAGGUCUGCCAGCCGGCUGUCUCCAAGGAGAAUAGAACCACAGAGGAUGAAGAUGAGACGCUACAAGCUCUUUUUCAUGUUCUGUAUGGCCGGCCUGUGCCUCAUCUCCUUCUUGCACUUCUUUAAGACCCUGUCCUAUGUCACCUUUCCCCGAGAACUGGCCUCUCUCAGCCCUAACCUCGUGUCCAGCUUCUUCUGGAACAAUGCCCCCGUUACACCUCAGGCCAGCCCUGAGCCAGGUGGCCCGGACCUGCUGCGAACCCCACUCUACUCCCACUCGCCUCUGCUCCAGCCUUUGUCCCCCAGCAAGGCCACCGAGGAACUCCACCGGGUGGAUUUUGUGCUGCCUGAGGACACCACCGAGUAUUUUGUGCGCACCAAAGCGGGGGGCGUGUGCUUUAAGCCAGGGACCAAAAUGCUGGAUAAGCCACCCUCAGGGCGGCCCGAGGAGAAGCCCGAGGGGGCGUACGGCCCCUCCACCCGGGGCCCGCGGCGCCCUCCCCGGCACACGCUGACGGCCCGGGAGCGCGCCAGCAGGCAGGGCGCGCGGCGCAAGUGGGUGGAGUGCGUGUGCCUGCCCGGCUGGCACGGGCCCAGCUGCGGGGUGCCCACGGUGGUGCAGUACUCCAACCUGCCCACCAAGGAGCGGCUGGUGCCCAGGGAGGUGCCGCGGCGGGUCAUCAACGCCAUCAACAUCAACCACGAGUUCGACCUGCUGGACGUGCGCUUCCACGAGCUGGGCGACGUGGUGGACGCCUUCGUGGUGUGCGAGUCCAACUUCACGGCCUACGGGGAGCCGCGGCCGCUCAAGUUCCGCGAGAUGCUGACCAACGGCACCUUCGAGUACAUCCGCCACAAGGUGCUCUACGUCUUCCUGGACCACUUCCCGCCCGGCGGCCGGCAGGACGGCUGGAUCGCCGACGACUACCUGCGCACCUUCCUCACGCAGGACGGCGUCUCGCGCCUGCGCAACCUGCGGCCCGACGACGUCUUCAUCAUCGACGACGCCGACGAGAUCCCGGCGCGCGACGGCGUCCUCUUCCUCAAGCUCUACGACGGCUGGACGGAGCCCUUCGCCUUCCACAUGCGCAAGUCGCUCUACGGCUUCUUCUGGAAGCAGCCGGGCACCCUGGAGGUGGUGUCGGGCUGCACGGUGGACAUGCUGCAGGCCGUGUACGGGCUGGACGGCAUCCGCCUGCGCCGCCGCCAGUACUACACCAUGCCCAACUUCCGCCAGUACGAGAACCGCACGGGCCACAUCCUGGUGCAGUGGUCGCUGGGCAGCCCCCUGCACUUCGCCGGCUGGCACUGCUCCUGGUGCUUCACGCCCGAGGGCAUCUACUUCAAGCUCGUGUCCGCCCAGAACGGCGACUUCCCCCGCUGGGGUGACUACGAGGACAAGCGGGACCUCAAUUACAUCCGGAGCUUGAUCCGCACCGGCGGCUGGUUUGACGGCACGCAGCAGGAGUACCCGCCCGCCGACCCCAGCGAGCACAUGUAUGCCCCCAAGUACCUGCUCAAGAACUACGACCAGUUCCGCUACCUGCUCGACAACCCCUACCAGGAGCCCAAGAGCACGGAGGAAGGCGCGCGGAGCAAGGGCCCCCGCGAGGGAAGGCCACCCGGCGCCAGGGGCCAAUCGGACGUGGUGGAAGGCUAGGGCUGCGCGGUCGCAUAGGCAGAUGGCAGUGAGGGGUGGUGGCUACCCCCAGAGUUCUGGCCUCCUGCCGGCUUGGGGCUUCUUGGGAGGACCAGGAGUAGGUGGGUGAUCUUCCCUGUGCAAGUCCUUGUGCGUCAAGAUCAGGUCUCUAAGCUCAAAAAAGAAGAAAAAGGAAAUCCUUCCUGCCAGGACACGGGAGCAAGCCAGACAACUCCGCAGUCCUUCUGCUGCCAAGAGGGCGGUGGCCAGGAGGUGCUACUGGAGAGUGCAGCAGGUGGCACGGAAGGGAGCCUGCAGGGACUCACCAGGCAGCCACGUGGGGGCUGCAGCCUGGGGGAGAGAAGACGGCCUUGGGCCUCCUGGGGCCUGGGACCUGCAGUGAGAUCAGGACAUCCCAGGAGGCCUUGGGCUCUGUAAAUAAGUGCGUUUGGGUCCAGGAGCAAGAGGGGGUACCCAGUGGGAGGGCAGGGAGCAUGGCAUGGAGCUGAGAGGAGCACUAAGGGGGCUUCACAGUGUCCUUGGAGUUCUAGGCCGGAGGGAUUUGAGGCCUCCCGCUGCCUGCCCCCUCCCCGCGGAGGUAGGCUGGGCCCCUGGCCUUGACGGUCCCUCUUGCCUUUCAUAUUGCUGCCCGUGGGCUGCCUCGCAGGGAGCCGCAGUCCAGUUCUCAGGUGGGAUGAGAGCAGGGGCCAGGGGGAUGGGGAGCUUAGUAGAGGGUCCCAGAGAGGGGAGACCCACAUGAGGCCUCUCCCUCCACACACCCGUGGCCCCAGCCUGCCUCCGUCCCAGGGGCAGUCACUCUUGUGCCCCUCCUUAGGGCUGAUUAGGGUCCAGGAAGGGGCCAUGAGGCUCUUCUGGGCCCAAAAGGGACAUUAAGGCCAGUUAUAUGUCAACCCGUUCCUCUUAGUUUGCCUUGGGAGAGGGAAGGUGUUUGUUGGAGUAGGUUCUAAAGCUGUUGUAAGUAAAGAGACUGAAAUUCAAGCAAGACAAGCUCGUGGGUGGUUCAUUGUCCACAGGGAGAUGGUUGAGGCCAGAGGGCGGCUCUGCUUCCUUCAGCCACACCUUCCAAGUCUGGAUACAGGGCUGCUCUGGAGCCCCCUAUCAGGGGGCUGGGAAAGGCACUUUUCCCAUUAAGGACAGGAGCCAGGAAUCCAGUCAUUUUCAUGGCAUCUCAUUGGCCACAGCGUGGAGACUGGGGUAUGUAAUCUCUGGGCUCCUGGUGCCCGGCCUCGACUUGGGAGAAGAGGCUCUUAGGAUGGAUGUGGGGAAGGGGCUCUCCGUUGUCCAGAGCUUCUAGAAUGAACCGUUCCCACUCUCCUGUCCGCACAGGGCUAGGGUACGGCAAGAGCUUGCAGGUCGGGGGAGGGCGGCACGCCCCCCACCCCUGACCCCCCUCAGCCGUUCUGGUGAUGCCCGUGUGCAGAGGCUGCCUGUGGAAUGGGCCGUGUUGUGUGUGCGUGUGUAUUUACGGGCAUGGGUGCAUGCUGGUGUGUAUUGUCCACGUCUGUAUCGACGGUCCCCGUAUGUAGGUGCUUGUGUGUAGGAGUGGGAGUCCCGGUCCUGGACCUGGAGCCUGUGGCCACACUUCCCAUGGCUCCCCCAGAUGACCGAGGCAGAAAGCCCAUGGAGAGCCCAGAAAACAAAUCUGAAGGGGAUGCAGGGUGUCUGUCUGUCUGUCUGUCAGUCUGAGGAAUGAGAAUUGUCCCGGUCUGAGGGCCGAAAGCUGCGAGCCCUCUACCCCUCAGCCUCUCUGGCCCCACUGUGCCUCCUGAUCCCCACACCCGGUGGGUUUUGGGGGGAGUCUUACUGGAGGGUUCCUGAUGGGCUGGGAGAACAGGGGUCUCUGCUGCCACUGCUCUGUCUGGGGACGUGCCAGGUGUAGACAUGGUGAGGGAGCUGGCCUCAGCAGCUCGGGGCAGGCAUGGAGCAGGCUGAGAGGGCUCCAUGGCUCCUCUCUGCCUCCGUCUAGUGGACACCCCCGAGGGAACCCCUCCUUUGAAGUCAUAGAACCUCUCUCCUUGGUUCCUCUUGGGGCUGAGUCUUGGCUCUAGAAGUCAGGCUUCGGUUGAGGCAGGGGCCACCUCUGCUGGCCCUGUGACAGGCGGUCUCUGGGGGCUUCUGCAUCAUUCCUGAGCCUCAGCCCAGGGCCUCCCUCCUGAUGGCUUCCUGGCCCCCCAGCCCUGCUCAGCUGCUUCAGGGAUGGCCCUCCCAGGGCAGCUGCGGCCCCUGGCCCCAGGCACGGCCUGGACUCGGGGAAGAACAGGAGAAACUCAGGCCCGUGUGGUCCUCCUCGCUUCUCCCACCAUGUGGAGGGCACGCUCGGCCAGAAGUGGAGACCAGGCCUUGGGUGCAGAGGGCAGCCGUGAGAGCCAGGGCCAGGACGUGGGGUGAGAGUUCCACAUAUGACCACAGCAUACACUGGGAAUUGGGGGGGCAGGGGAUCCCCAGGGCUGUUCCCCAAUAUGAAAGAAAACCAAACCAUGUGAACCGCAGGACACCACUGCCCUGUCACCAUAUCCAGAUCUCUUCCCAGCAACCACUGGCCCCUGACCUCCAGACUGGGGUGGGCUGUCUGUGUCAGCAUCCAGCAGGCCUCGUCCACCUGGGGGUCACAGGGUUCUAGGGACAGGUGCGGGAGAGCUUUAGGGCAAAGGUGAGAUUCUGAGUGGGGACACAGGACUUGCCCAGGCAGAAGGCAGGACCCUGGGAAAUGUGUAAUUUAAGGACACCAAGAAUAAUAAUAGUAUUAUUUUUUUUGUAAAGGAAAAUCAAUAUGUACAUUCUGAAAUCAUUUUCUCUGUAAAUGGUUGAAUUUCAUUUCACCCUUAAAGGGAUGCUUAAAGGAGAAGAUAAUAUUAUUAAUAAAAACAGCUGCGAAGUCUGAA